AUGACCGAAACGAAACCACAAGAACCGAAGCCCGUCCCAGCGCAAGAUGCUGCGGAGCAACAAUCGCCUCAAGAAGUCGACGAGGCACAAGACAAGUUUCAGACAGUUGGCGCCAAAAACCACCGCGUCGAGAACAUCAAGAAAAAUUACUCAAAACCGAAUAUCAGAAAACGAACAGAGUCCUGGUCGCAAAAAGAUCAUCAGCUUACCCGAGCGCUUGCAGGCAUCCUGCGCCACGGAAUGAUGGGCUUUCAACCUGACGAGUCUGGAUUCCUCUAUCUUGACGACAUCCUGAAGCACCAUCACUUCAAGGACACGCUCAAAGUCGGAGAAGACGACCUCAAGCGAGUUGGCGAGCUGGAGGACAAGAAGGGCGUUAAAAUGUUCGAGCUCGUACACGACGGUAAACUGUGGAAGAUGCGUGCCCGAGCGACAAACAACCCGGCUGGAGUCGAGGUCUCGCUCAAAAUGGCUGCCGAGUACCCCGUCUGUGUCCAUGGCACCUGGUGGAAGGCAUGGGAGGAUAUGAAGAAGAAAGGAAUUUCCCGUCUCGGCCGUAAUCCUAUUCACUUCUGCUCCGGAAUGAUUGGCAGAGGUGGUGUGAUCCCCGGCAUUCGAUCCAACUGCGAAGUCCUCGUCUACAUCGAUCUCCAGCGCGCUAUCAAGGACAAGAUCAAAUUCUACCGCGAUGAAGACGGCGUCCUCAGCACUCACGGAAACAAGCACUCCGUAAUUUCACCAAAAUAUUUUACCCACGCGAUUCACGUCUCUCCUACCACCGGACAGCAAAUCUACUGUGAAGACUUAUCAAAUUUGAAAGGAGUAGAGGGAGAAGCCCACGAGUCUGUUCGCCCGCAGAGAAAUCAAGGAAAUCAAGGCCGUGGUGGACGCGGCGGCGGACGUGGAAGAGGUCGUGGUCGCGGAGGUGGUCGAGGUGGAUCCAGAGCUGAGUCAAGAGCGUCUGAAGUCAAGCCAGACGGACCUGCAGGAGAUAACACUGAAAAUCCAACAAUCAAUGAAGAUGGCAGCGCUGCGGCAACAAAACCAAAAAACAACCGACCUCGUCGCAAUCGAAAUCGUAACAAAAACAAAACGGAUAACAACAAGGACAAACCAGCACAGGAUGAAACCAAAAAAGAGGGAACCCCAGCGAACUCCGAUGAAGUUCAAAAAGUCACCGAGAAAGUUCAAAAGCUCGAUGUUGCUGCUGAAGAGUCGAAAUAA